UGAUAAUAUGCAUCAAUUUAUUAUGAUAUGCUAAAUUUUAUUCGAAAGCGAAAACAAAACCCACUUCCAGUUUCCAAACACCUUCCUGGAAUUAGGAGCAAGACAACGAGAAAACGCAAUCACCGCCAGCUUCCUCUAAUUUCUCUUUUUCGAUAAAUCGUUAGGUUCAGCUUCAAUUUCCGUGAACUCUGUUUGGUCUCAGCUUCUCUGGUUGGCAUAGUGAUCAGUGACUGCCUUCCUACCUUGACUUCCGUGACCCAAUACUAUAGAUCACCCGUCGUUUCAUACAACCCAAUGAUCUGUUUCUAUCUAUAAUUGCCGGAUCUUAUCUUACAGGUUUUAUUUCUGUUAGUGGGAUAAACAUUACGUCAAGGCUCCUUUUAGUUUUACUGCUCAAUAUAUCUCGUCUCUAUCAGUUAUUGGAAAAAAGUCAAAGAUGGGGGAAGGAGAGAAAUUUCAGCUGGGGACUAUCGGGGCCUUAACUCUAUCUGUGGUGUCGUCGGUAUCGAUUGUAAUUUGCAAUAAAGCACUAAUGAGUACAUUGCAUUUUAUUUUUGCUACUACCUUGACAAGCUGGCAUCUUCUUGUCACAUUCUGUUCUCUCCAUGUGGCAUUAAAAUUGAAAUUCUUUGAGCACAAGCCUUUUGAACAGAAAGCUGUAGUGGGAUUUGGGAUUCUAAAUGGAAUCUCAAUCGGGCUUUUAAAUUUGAGUUUGGGCUUCAAUUCUGUUGGCUUUUAUCAGAUGACUAAGCUGGCUAUCAUUCCAUGUACUGUUUUCUUGGAGACCCUUUUUCUGGGAAAGAAAUUCAGUAAAAGCAUCCAACUUGCCCUUGCUAUCCUCCUUGCAGGUGUCGGGAUUGCGACAGUCACUGAUUUGCAGCUCAAUGCUCUGGGUUCUUUCUUAUCUCUUCUUGCAGUGAUCACAACAUGUGUUGCUCAGAUUAUGACAAAUACUAUUCAGAAGAAGUUUAAGGUUUCUUCCACUCAACUUCUGUACCAGUCAUGCCCAUAUCAAGCGGGAACCUUGUUAAUCUCUGGCCCAUUUCUGGAUAAAUUCUUGACCAACCAAAAUGUAUUUUCUUUCAAUUAUACAACACUGGUGGUGGCAUUCAUUGUUCUUUCCUGCCUUAUCUCAAUAUCUGUAAAUUUUAGUACAUUUCUUGUCAUUGGCAAGACAUCUCCUGUCACCUACCAGGUUCUCGGACACCUCAAGACAUGCCUUGUGUUAGCAUUUGGUUAUGUUUUACUCCAUGAUCCAUUCAGCUGGAGGAACAUCCUUGGGAUUUUGAUGGCCCUGAUUGGGAUGAUUCUGUAUUCUUACUUUUGCACCGUGGAGAAUCAGCAAAAAGCUGCUGAAGCAACAACACUAGCAUCCCAGUCGAAGGAAAGUGAAGCCGAGCCCCUGGUUAAUGUGGAAAAGGGAGGUGCAGGAGUAUUGGCUGAAACUGUUGGACCAAAAAAUCCUCUGUGGAUGAAGGAGAAAGACUAGUUUGUAUGUUUGAUGAAUCUGUAGGUAGGGCUUAUAGAGGAUUAAUAAUAUCGUUGGAAUUAGUAAGUUCUCUUAAACUUUAUAAUGGUUACAAGUAUGAAUUGCGUCUCUGGGUAGUAUAUAAAGUUUAGCACUAUAUGAGUUGAUAGCUAGCCAGCAGUAGUACUAAGGAAAAGUCUCAAUUCUAGGGGCUAAUUGACUAACAAAUAUGGCUCAUUCAGGCCAACCUUUGCUGGUGAUAGUUUUCAGGGGAUGUUAUACUCCUCUAUACAUAGAUGCAAAUUUUGAUUUUUCCCCUAAUAGCAUGUAGAUCUUUUUUGUUUGAUUUUCUGUUUAUGAUUCUGAUAUAUCAUAAUCGUGUUCCAUU